AUGUCUAAGAGGUUAGAAGCCUACGCUAAUAAGUUAGUAGCGGCAGCUUACGCGCUUACUGUUGCGAAAGAGCGUUCAGAAGAUAGCGUACGCCUUGCUCAGCAAACUCUCGAGGGAGAUGCGAAGAAAAUUGCGCGUCAGUAUCAUAGUUGGCAGCGGCUGAACUUCGAAGAUCAGCUUUGCGCCUAUCAAAAGAUUCAAGACGCUCAAGCUUAG